AUGGGCAACAGUCAAUCUUAUGACGUGACGAACGUGCAUCGUAGGGACAGUGGUCACCUAGGCGAGACGACCGGCACGGUGAAGCCGCUCGGGUAUGGCACCUGCCCAGGACUGGGUGCCGGCGAGGUGGGUAUUGGCAUCCCGGACGACGCGGACAAUGACGACGACGACGACGUCCACGUUGUUCGUUGCUUCUGGCUCACUGAAGGAGUUGCUCAACGGAAUAUCUUCAUUCCUAAAGAUAGCGAGAUUUCCCAUGAGAAGCAAGAAAACAAAUCUCCAAAAUCAUCCAGUGGUCACAGAGAGUCUUCGGCGACGAAGCAGCCCCAGAAGGAAGGCGAGAACACCACAGAAUUUCACAAGCAACCUACAGUCUGCGCGGAAGAGAACGAGGCUCUCUCUGACGUCGCGCAUGGGAUGACAGAAAUCGCUCUGGAGGUAGGAGGUGUGGGAAAUAGAGAGAGGAAUCUUUAG